UCUCUUUCAGAUUUUCACUUACCAAUUUCGUUCUUAUACUUCUAGUAUUAGUACCGAUUGUAUUACCCAUCUGGAGAAAUUGGUCCAAUUGCGGUGUAAAUCUAGAAAUCUAACUGUAAACGAAGCUUUGGGUUUUUUCAAUUCCAUGAUUCAAUUGCGACCCAUGCCCUCUAUUUGGUCCUUCAAUCAAUUGCUUGGUGCGCUUUCUAGGAUGAAUCAGUAUUCCACUGUCGUCUGUAUGUAUAAAGAGAUGAUGGGUUGUCAUGAUUUUCGACCCGAUGUUGUUACUCUGAGCGUUGUUAUCAAAUGCUUCUGUUGUUUCAGAAAUGUGAAAUUUGGUUUCUCGGUUUUAGCAACUAUGAUUAAAACCGGCAUUGAGCCGGAUGCUUGUACUCUGAGUACUCUGCUCCACGGGCUUUGUUCGGAAGGCUCGAUGGUCGCGGCAAUGGAGUUGUUUGAGGAAAUUGUAAAGAAGGAACAUACAUUGGAUGAAAUCACUUACGCGAUCGUCAUUAAUGGGUUUUGCAAGGUUGGAGAAACUAGGAAGGCGCUUGAGGUGCUUAAGCGAAUGUGUGAUGAUGAGAGGAUUAAACCUAAUGUAGGUUGUUUCAAUCCAAUUAUUGAUAGUCUUUGUAAGGAAAGGAGAAUAAAUGAGGCAGUAGACGUGUUUGAAGAUAUGAUCAACCGUGGUGUUCAGCCAGAUGUUAUUUCUUAUAAUUGUUUAGUCCAUGGAUUGUGCAAUUUGGAUCGUUGGGAAGACGUGAAGAAAUUCCUGAUCAAGAUGUUGGAUUUUGGAAUUUCACCUGAUGUGUGUACCUAUAAUGUUCUGAUUGAUUCUCUAUGCAAGAAAGACAAACCUCUGGCAGCACUUUCACUAUUUGGAUCUAUGACUAGAAAAGGCAUAGGGCCUACUAUUGUCACGUUCAAUUCACUGAUUUUUGCUUUAUGCAAAUCCGGUCAAUGGAAAAAAGUGACACAACUCAUAGAAAACAUGGUCCUUUACGGAAUUGCUCCUAAUGUUGUUACAUUCAAUACUUUGUUGGACACUCGUUGCAAGGAAGGGAGCACUACGGAGGCAAUAUUUCUUGUCGAAGCAAUGCUUGAUCAAGGUGUAUUGCCUAGUCCCAUCACCUACAACACUUUACUCUGUGGAUUAUGCCAUACGCGUAAAUUGGAAGAAGCUAAGAGAUUGUUUGAUGGCAUGGCGAGUCAGAACAUUUUUCCUCAUAUUAGAACUUUGAACAUAAUUUUAAAUGCUUUGUCCAAUGAAGGGAUGAUGGAGAAAGCACAAGCAUUAUUUGAAGCAGUGAUUAAUCAUGGAGAAGAGCUUAAUACAAUAACAUACAACACCUUGAUUAAGGGAUACUGUCACCGAGGUGAAAUAGAUAAAGCGAAAUACGUAUUUGAUCGGAUGGCAGUAGAGGGUGCUAUUCCUGAUACCAUUUCCUAUAACACCUUGGUUAGUGGUAAUGUAAAGGUUGAAAGAAUAGAUGUUGCUCUCAAACUUCUCAAGGACAUGAUCCGAAAUGGAUUGGUGCCUGAUCGUGUAACACAAAACAUUUUGAAAAGCAUCCAUGCUUAUAAGCUUGAAGCAUCCAUACAAUAACUAUUUGUGAGAUGAGAUCGUGGCAUGUCAUAAUGCUAUUAGUUACCUGAUAUGCUAAUUAGGA